UCUCUUCUUCGUCUUCUUCAUCUCAGAGUUUGGGAUUUGAAAAUGGACGUGUCAGAGAGUUUUGGUGGAUACCGUAUCGGAUUGGACGAAUCGUAUCGGCCUCUUCCUUCUGUGUACUUGGCUUUCCUCUCGAUCUGGUUCGUCUCCGCCUGUUCUUGGACCGUCAAUACCUGGAAAAACCGCCAUUUUCAGACGAAUAAUUUGCAGUGGACACUUGCAUCUGUUCCAUUGAUUAAAGCUCUGCAACUCGCCCUUUCCUUUAUCUUCUGGUAUUCAUGCUUUAAUCUUCAGAUAUGCUCAGUGUGGAUGUCAUUUGGGGUGUAUGUAACUGGGGUGCUCUUUCAGACUGCUUCUUUCGUGUCUUUCUUGCUCAUUUCUCAUGGUUAUUGUAUCAUGUGUGAGCGUUUAUCGGUCCCUGAACGACGCACUACAGCUGCACUUGGAUGUGUCUUUUACUUGACUCUUGUUGGUUACCGAGCUUCUGUACCUUACUUUGCGGUCCUUCUUCUGCUUAAUUAUUUUAUUUCCUUCUAUGUGAUCUUCCACCAUAUAUCCCGAAAUUUAUUAUUGUUACGGGAACAAUUGAGUUUCAUAGAGGAUGAGGAGGUUCAUGCAAUGCAUGAUGCAGUUUACACAAAGUAUAUCAUGUUCAAAAAAUUUCAGGGUGCAAUGCAGAUAGUAGCCAUGGCAGAAACCGUGAUAUACAUUAACGUGGAUGACUCAUCAGAAAAAUACUGGCUUCGCUUGUUAGUUCGAGAAUGGGCACAAUUCUGCAUCUUUCUGUACAUUGGAUGGACCUUCAGGUCACAAGACUUGGCGCCACGCUUCUCUUUUAUGCCAACCUUAAAAUCUAACACGGAAGUAUGGUUGCCUCCAGUGUACAGCAUUGAAAUGGAUGCAACAGCUUUCAAAGAUUUUAGCAGUCAUGAAUGGCAUAUUGGGGUGCCAUCUUCGCUUUCCUGCAAUGAACGAUUUAACGAUUCCGUUCUAGUAGUAAUUCAGCAUCCACAUGCACAUAGGCCAACUUCAGCAACCCCCUCUUCCCCAACUCCAGCUGGUGUAGCCUCUUCUGCAACUGACUCCAGUUCAGAUUCAUGUCCAAGCAAGAAUCACGAGUAAAAUUUACUCAUAGAAUAAACUACUGCAAUAUGCUCGCCAAUGUUCUUCACAAAAAAUUUCAGCAGUAAACGUUGAUCUUCUCUCGUGCCUCCGAUACCCGUAAACCUGACAGCAAGAGCUGCAAAAAGUGUGGAUGGUGAUUCGUUGGCUUAAGCUAUAGAACUUGCAGUUGAUUGAUUUAGUAACUGUAUAUUCCUCUCCCCUUUGUGUCGUUUCUUGUUUGAAGUUGUAUUCCUCCUGUAAAUGUAAUUCUGAUUUUGGUUGAUGUUUAACUACUAAUUUUUCUAAAAAAAAUCAUACCCACAAGUGA